AUGGAGUUCGCAAUUUAUGAGCCCCGUGUACCUUCAGCUGAGCAGAUCGAUAAGCACGUCACUGUCAGCCAGCGUCUCGAUGAGUACGAAACACUCCUUAAGGAAAGGGCCACCAAGAUCAUUGAGAGAAAAAAUGAAGAAGUCAAGGAUUGGCUGGCAUUCUCUUGUAAAGCGGAGGCCUACGGAAGACUCGAAGCUGAUUGCAGCAUCCUCCGCACUUCUCGGCACUUGGCCAUCCGAGACAAAUUUUUGGAGCAAAAACUGACGACCAAGGACCUAGACGAAUACUUCAAGCGCAUGGGACACCUCGAUCAUUUCCUGGCAAUUCUGCGCCUGCAGCACUCUGAUUUCGUCUUCGAAAUCUCCGAUGCUCUCCUUGACGACAACAACCCAAAUCCCUUUUCGGAUGAAUCUCAGAGGGCCACAGUGAGAAGGCUCAAGGACAUCUUCCUGACCUGGAAACCUGUCAACAAGGUACACGAUAUUAUGAAAUUGGCGGAGGAAUACAAGAUUGAGGUUCCAGAUGUUAAUGAUGAGAAGGCGUGGGAGAGAGAGCGGGAGUUACUGCAAAGAAUUGUAGAUUUCCAGAAACAUUAUGAUAAGAAGAGAGAAGAGGACAGACGAGAAAAUGCCAGGAAGCGAUUGAAAGAGGAGCGAGAACAGCGAGGGUCGUCCGCUUGA